ACACUCAUCUCUAUUCUUGCCUUUAGACUUUCACUACUAUUUUCCCAGCUUUGAGGAGAGAAAUGGCAGCUGGGAUGGCGAUAACAAGUGAAGAGGGCCAAUUGUAUAAUGCUAGGAUCACAUGGCUUUUGGUGUUUUCUUGUGCCAUUGCUUCAACUGGAGGACUCAUCUUUGGAUAUGACAUUGGGACUUCAGGUGGAGUAACUUCUAUGGAUCACUUUUUGAAGAAGUUCUUCCCGGAUGUGUACAAGAAGAUGAAAGAAGAUAGCAUGACCAGCAAUUACUGCAAAUUUGAUAGUCAAUUACUGACAUCUUUUACCUCUUCACUCUACAUUGCCGGUCUUGUUGCUUCACUUUGUGCCUCGCCAGUAACUAGAGCCUUUGGACGCAAGUCAUCCAUCCUCCUUGCUGGGGCCUCGUUUCUAGCUGGUUCUGCAAUAGGCGGUGCAGCAUAUAAUGUAUUCAUGCUGAUGCUUGCUCGAGUUUUACUUGGGGUUGGGAUUGGCUUUGCAAACCAGUCAGUCCCCAUGUAUCUAUCAGAAAUGGCACCACCAAAAUCCAGAGGAGCUUUUGGUAUUGGCUUUGAUCUCUGCAUAGCAAUUGGUGUUUUACUAGCUAACCUUGUCAAUUAUGGUGCUGAAAAAGUCAAAGGAGGUUGGGGAUGGCGAGUCUCUUUAGCCCUGGCUGGGGCACCCGCCUCAUUUCUUAUCGUGGGUGCUCUUUUCCUUCCUGAAACGCCCAACAGUCUGAUUGAGGAUGACAAGAACCAUGAAAAGGCCAAGAGGGUAUUGCAACAAGUUCGGGGUGUUGAUGAUGUCCAAAUUGAGCUGGACGAUCUCAUCCGAGCAAGUAACGUUUCAAAGAUAACUAAACACCCAUUUAAGCACAUCAUCAAAAGAAAAUAUAGGCCUCAACUAGUCAUGUCGAUAGCAAUACCCUUUUUUCAGCAACUAACAGGAAUCAACGUUAUCACCUUCUAUGCUCCAAUACUAUUCAGAACCAUAGGUCUGGGUGAAAGUGCAUCACUCAUGUCUGCAGUAGUGACUGGAGCUGUAGUCAGCACUACAAUAUUUUUUACAUUGUUGAUAGCGGACAAAGUUGGUCGAAGAGUUCUUUUUAUGGUAGGGGGAGCUGUAAUGCUGGUGUGUCAGUUCUUAAUAGGAGGAAUUAUGGCAAUAAAGCUAGGGGAUCAUGGGCGAUUGAGCAAUUCUUAUGGUAUCUUGGUCUUGAUCCUGGUGUGCACAUAUGUUGCUGGUUUUGGUUUGUCAUGGGGUCCAUUGGGAUGGUUAGUUCCCAGUGAAAUCUCUCCCCUGGAGAUAAGGUCUACUGCACUAAGUAUCCGAGUUGCUGUGGAUUUUCUGUUACUUUUCCUUGUUGCUCAGGCUUUCCUAGCCAUGCUGUGCCACUUCAAGGCCGGAAUUUUUUUCUUUUUUGGGGGGUGGGUGGCACUGAUGACCGCAUUUGUGUACCUAUUAUUGCCUGAGACGAAGAACGUUCCACUCGAACGGAUGGACAGGAUCUGGAGGGAGCAUUGGUUUUGGAGGAGAUUUGUGCUCGAUGAUGAUGAGGACUCAUUGGGAACUAAGGCUGAGGCAGCUUGACAUGCUGAUUAAAUUACUGUUUAUAAAAUCAUGCUUUAGAAAUUUCUGCAGGUGCAAGAAGAGAUUCACGCCCCUCGUCUUGACAGAAGAAGCCGAGAAGAAAUGCUUGUUCUCUUGAAUUCUGAGAGUUAAUCUGUUCCAACACUUCCAACUGCUAACAACUUCCGGGGUCCAGGAUGCAUCAUGCCGCUUGUCAUUAAAAUAUGAUAUGUCAUUGAUUGUUCCAAUGAAAUUUUGGCAUCGAAGAUUCUGACUGAUUUUGAUGUUGGCCAUCAUGAAUCCAGCAGAAACUAGACGGCACAAGGUCCCAUAAUGACCAGCCUCCAUCUCCAUACCUACCGUCUUUAGUAAAUGAAUUGCUAUCAGCAUAAUAAAUCAAUUGUAGGUUAAGUCCACCUGAGUGGUGGUGGUGGUGGUACCUAUUUAUUGCCUUAAAAUUUCUUUCAUUUGAGAUCCCUUGUGAUGGAUAU